CUGUUUAAUGACGCUUAGUUGGUAUAAAUAUUCAAACUCGAUACAAUAACCAAGUUUAUAUCGACUCUUACUGGUAUUAUGUAUAGGUGCAGCAAUGACCGAAGCAUAAAAGAAUGAGAAUGCUGACAUGUCAAAGGUCCGUGUUUCUGUCGAAGGGGAAUUCGGACGCGUGACGAAUCUGUGGAGCGGGUUGGAUCAAAAGAGGUUGCAGCGCUCAAUGCAACUGUCUUUUUUUGAUUAUUCAUCUCCAUGCAUAUCGUUUGUCCCGACUUUUAAAUAUACACUUAAGUAUUCAGAUCUGUUGAGAUCAAAACAAUCCAAAAUGAUCCACUAUUUCCAGGUACGCGUGAAGUUUACUGCAACGAAAAGAACCUACUAUAUUGAUGCUGCUGUUGUUGCCGAAAAGGAGAGAGCGCAGCGACAAGGCUGUUAAUGGACGUGGUCGUCUCGUUGAGUACAGCCGACUCUUGCUGCGACUGACG